AUGCAUCGUGAUAUAGCAUCCGGCCGUUGGCUGUUUCUUCUAUCACCACUUGCAUUAGCUGCAUUGCUUCCACCGACUCCCGAGGGCUUUACAACCAUCCCGAGCACCUUAUUCCCUGGCGUCUCUAUCUCCUAUAAGCAGGCAAGCCUCCAUCACCCAAGGUAUCCCAUAUAUAAUACCCAAAUCUGCGAGACAACCCCAGACGUUAAAGCCUUUAGUGGAUAUGUCAACCUUCCUCCUAAUCUCAUCCCGGGCCAGGGCUACCCUAUCCACUCCUUUUUCUGGUUCUUUGAGGCUCGUGACGAUCCUGAGAAUGCGCCACUCUCCCUUUGGCUGCAGGGUGGCCCGGGUUCUCCAUCAGUUGUAGCGGCAUUAGGGGAAAACGGGCCAUGCUCUGUCCUCGCGGACUCGAGGGGGACAGUGCUGAACCCAUGGUCAUGGAAUAAUGACGCUAAUAUGCUAUAUCUAGACCAGCCUGUCCAGGUUGGCUUCUCGUAUGACUCGCUUAUUAACGGUACUAUUAACGAGCCGAAGUCGCCAUUCGCUGUUACCCCCAAGAACCUCUCUCUUGCAGAUCUAUCUCAAGAUACGAUAACUGCCGUUCCAGGGACAUUUGCAUCUCAGAGCGUUGCCCUGACAGCCAAUACAAGCUUCACCGCGGCGAGAACGAGCUGGUAUUUUUUGCAGACCUGGAUACAAGAGUUCCCCGAAUACAAGUUAAAAGACAACCAUCUAAGCCUCUGGGGAGAGUCAUAUGGCGGUCACUACGUCCCGACCCUAGCUGGCUAUAUCACCACUCAGAAUGAUGUCAUUGCUACUGAGAAUGCCUCGAUGACAGCCGCUAUCCCUUUGCAUAUCGAUGUUAUCGGCUUGGUAAACGCUUGUAUUGAUAACAGUGUCCAGACGCCGCUAUACCCUGUCUUCGCAUAUAACAAUACCUACGGUUUGCAGGUCAUUAACAACACUGAGUACCAGGAUGCCUUGGCUGCUGUGCCCCAGUGUCUCUACUUAACCGACGCUUGUCGAUGCCUGGCUAAUGAGCUGGACCCGGAGGGUUGGGGAAACAAUAAGAGAGUUAACCAAGCUUGCGAGACAGCAUACAAGUUCUGUUUUGGGCCCAUAUUGCAGCCCUUUAACUCUAAAGGGCAUGACCAAUUUGACUUCACUCAGUUAGCGCCAGACUCGUUUCCGCCCAAGUUUGCGGCAGGUUAUCUAAACUCGCGCGAGACACAGCUCGCGCUUGGUGUGCCGCUUAACUUCACAGGCCUCUCGUCUGCUGUGGCCCAGGUUUUUCUACAGACAGGCGAUUUCAUCCGGGGGCACAACCUCGAGCUCCUGGGAGGACUGCUUGAUAGUGGUAUUAGGGUCGCGCUUGUCUAUGGCGAUAGGGACUAUCAGUGUAACUGGUUCGGUGGUGAACAAAUUAGCCUAGCUAUUCAAUCAUCGUCAUCCGCAAGUUUCCGAUCCGCUGGCUAUGCCAGUAUCAGCACCAAUGACAGCUAUAUAGGUGGCGUAGUGCGCCAGCACGGGAACCUUUCGUUCUCGCGGGUCUUUGAUGCAGGGCACCAGGUCCCAUACUACCAGCCCGAGACAGCGUACCGUAUCUUUUCCCGUGCUAUGGCUGGCCUAGACAUCGCGACGGGCCAGGUUCUCCCCGGGGCUAAGUACUCUACCGUAGGGCCAAACAGCAGCUUCAGCAUUAAAAACAUAGUACCGAGGCCUUCAGAGCCACUAUGCUAUACGUGGGACAUUAUGGAAACAUGCACGCCGGCUCAGACGGCGCUACUAGCUAACGGGACAGCUAUAGUGCGGGACUUUAUCAUGGUAGGCUAUACGCUCCCGAACGGGACUGAGGUCAUGUACUGA